UGUGUGCUCACUGGACUGAUCAGUUGAAAGUGGAAUGCGCGUAGCGUUUGAUGCGGUUAAUCGUGAUCGUUGAAUGUAAUAUUGGAAGAAUAUCGGAAACUGUGAAUACAUUUAACAAAUUUGGUCUGUUUGGUAUUAAAGUGCGAUUAGUCAAUGAUCGAAAUCAACUACGCAUCUGUUUUUGCUUUUGUGAAAUGGGCACAGAGAACAAAGAUGAUGGUUUAAAAAGUACGCUCAACCAUGCCCCAGAAAACUACAACGAUGAGUCCAAUUACCUCAAACAACUGUUGAACGAUGGCCAGUCGAUUCCGGUGGAUUCGGAUGUCGAUUCCUAUGAUCUGCAGCUUCCUCCCUGGUACAACGAUGUCCAGUUUAAGCGCGCACAGCGUUACUUCAAGCAAAAUUACUUUGCCAUGUUUGUGGCGAUGCUCUGUGGUUUGCUCUCGGUUCUGGCCAUCCCAAGUAUCUUGAGUGUGCUAAUUUACACCAAACAGUCAUCCACACCGCUUUCGGCUUAUCGGCGCUAUGUGGCCACAAUAAUGCACAUUCUGAACUGGUACUUUGAAGACCUAACGCCUGGUUCGAGCUCGUGGCGAUCGAUAGCCUACGUGCGCAGGACGCAUGUGGCUACUAGCAAACGCAGCGGCUCCAAGCUGGCCGGUCGCAUCAUUUCACAAAAAGACAUGGCUGUCACGCAGUUCGGAUUUGUCGGCUACAUAGUGCUAGCCCAUCGUGGGCUCGGCAUUGUCUACGACAAACAAGAUAUGGAGGCUAUCGUACAUUUUUGGCGCGUUAUUGGUUACAUGAUCGGCAUAGAGGAUCGGUACAAUCUCUGUACAGACAGUCUGGCUGGUUCGCAGGAACGGAUGCGCCAAGUCCAGGAACACAUUUUACGGCCUGCUCUGGCGGAGCGCUCGAGCGAUUUCGAACAAAUGGGACGCGCACUGAUCGAUGGUAUGUGGUGUUUUAAUCCAUUUUUGCAGUACGAGGCAUUUGUGUUCCUAACUUGUCGAAUAACCGGAGUUCCUGGCUACCACUAUUGGAAUGAAGAAUGUGCCUCGGCUGGUGGCUUAGAGGCCAAGUUUGCUUCAUACUCUCGAUACGCCAGGUCUCUUCUUUAUCUACUUCUGAUGACCUUGGAGGUUUGGCUGAGUGCUACCCUCUUCAGAUGGUACCUGAAUAGCCAAAUGAUAAUGUCCAGAUUUCUGAUUACGUAUUUCCCUUUCCUUGCCUUUUAUAAAUUUGGAAUUAGAGAUUCGUAUGUCAGGAUUUUAAAAUAGUACAACCUUCCUUUCCCUCCCACAAACGAAAAAUCACUCUAAGGAAUCAAAGAACGUAUGUAUUUGCUUUUAUUUUUGUUCGUAUGUAUAAUAAGAACCAUUCAUCAUUUAACUGUCAUAUAGUUAUCUUAUGUAGGGAUUCUAUUCCAUCCGAUAGUUUAAACAUUACCUUGCUGUUUUAUAGCCAAAUAUAGAUUAAACAAGUUAUUCAAAGCUUGAAUGUAGCCAGCCUGCCCGUUAUUCUGUUGCACCGGAAUGUCAAAUAUAUUACAAAUGAUAUCGA